UGAACUCAAUAAGCCAAGUUUGUGACGCAUCUCUUUUUUUUUAAUCAAAGUAUUUUUGUUGGAGGUGGCAUUAUUGGGUAGCCAUAGGAAUAUGUAUCGAACAAGAUUCCUGUGCAAAGCUGCCGAAAGAGUUUUUACCAUGGUUGGUUUAAAACCCGAACCAAAUGCUAAAGAGAUUUUAGAAAAGUUGUAUCAAGAGACCCUUGAAAGAGUUAAAGUGCUUCCAGAAAGGUCAGUAUAUCGACAAAACGUGGAGAAGAUAACAAAUUAUCGUUGGAAAGUGGUGAAAGAGAGUGAAACAGUGGAAGCUAUUGAAGAAAGAGUCGGGAUGGGUUUGGUAGAAGAAUUGAUAGAACAGGCUAAGAGUGAACUGGAACUCAUUCCAAAGUUUCAGGAGUGGAAACUUUGGGAAGGAGAUCCUGACAAGAUCAAAAUAAAUAUUCUCGACUAGAGCGCUUGAAAUUUGCAAAGAGCCAA